AUUGGUCAAACUACGCAUAUCAUGGUUGUUGUUGUUUGUUUAACAAUGGCUGACGGAGUCGUAUGAUAAAUUCGUCGUAAAGAGACGAACUUGCUCGACCACAUUUGGCAACUUGAAGAGGCACGUUUUGAUCCGCAGAUGUUAUCUUGGAUACCAAUGGAUGGGACGAUAGCCUAGUUCACACAGUGUUACAAAGCAUUUUCUUAAUACUUAACAGUCAUUGUUGUUUAAAUAAGUAACAUUAAAUGAAAAAAAUACAUGUACUGAUGUGACUAAAGGUGCGUUGUUAACCGUUACCUGAUAUUAAAAGUAGAAGAUAGAGAAGAUAAAUUUGAUUAACAGAAAGUACAAGCAGUGAAAAAUCAAUAUGAGAUUGAACUAUGAAGAUCAUGAAAGGAAAAAAUUUGAAUUACUAACUAAUUAAAAGAAGAUGUGAGAAAAAUAGAGUGAUUAACUGAGAAUUAGAUAAGUCUGUGUCAGGCAUAAAAUACAUACAUCCAUAAGGGACAUUCUAGAAAAGUCUGAGCUAAUGUUUGAAUGGUUUAAUGGUUUAAAGAAGCCAAUAAAAAAUGAUUUAUAGAUAAUCAUAGUUUAUUUACUGCCAAAAAACAGUAACAAAAUCUUUUUUGAAAAUAAGAUAAAUGUAUCAAGCGGAUGUCCUUGUAAACUCUCCAAGAAUGGCUUCGGGAUACAAAUGUCGGGAGUGUCACAUGAACUUUCAGUCGCAACAUCUUCUUACUAAACAUAAGCAGAAGUUCUGCGUGGGGAGCACCGCCGACCCAGACGACCUUCAGCUGCGCCGAGGACUCUGGUCUGAAUCUCCAAGAAGGAUUAUCUCCCCCGAGGACAGGCCAUUCUCUGACUCUCUGUUGUUGAACAAAAAGCUAUAUCAGCUUCGCCGCUUAAAAGAGAAGCGUUCACGGGACAGAGAUCUGCGAGAUCUGGAGGAACGCAUUCUCCUAGAUGACCUUGAGAACCGUGAAGGUCAAAGGUCACCAAGAAAGUCACGCAUCAAAAUCCCGCUUUCCAAGUACCCUGAGAUUCGCGAUUUGCAGUUGGAGUACGAGAAACUACGGGAGAAAGAGAAUCUGACAGGCAGGAAAACUGUUCCAGCACGACCUGUGUUCAGUAGAAAUGAUCGGGAAACACCUUAUUCACGCAAUUCCAACUCCAGCAUCAGUAUUCACUUGGAGGAUGAGUAUCGAAGGAAUCCCAACCAGGACCAACAGUUACGGAGCCUGGCUGAGAACCAUGGCCGUCAGAUGGAGUACCUGCAGUUGCGUAAUCGAGAUCUCGAGAAACAAAGAGAAGACAUACGUCGGCGGUUGGAGGGUCUAGGCAGAAAGGCGCUGGUCCCUGAGCCCCACCAUGACAACACUGCCGACCUGCUACGAGAGCUCAGAGAACAGGAAAUACGCAACCAGCGCGCCCUUGACGACCUCAAGCGACAGCUUCACGAUCUGAGUGGCAACCAAAGGGUCAACGUCAUGGAUGUGGAUUUGAUGCAGAGAAAUAUAAGUAAAACAGUCAAAGUGAUUCAAGACAUAGAAAGAGUUGUGUACGAACAGUGGAAGAAGAAAUGUGAAGAGAAAGAACUAGAAAUGGUUGCAAAAGCAACAAAACUCAUUGAAACCAACAUUGUUUGUGAAAAUGGAAAAGAAAGUGGUGGUGAAAAAAUCAGAAAAUCAUCUGAGAAGGAUAGAGAAAGGACUCCUGAAAAAACAAAACAGAAUGAGAAAGUUAUUGAUUCACAAACAGUAGAAAAACACAAUCCAUUGAGUGGGGAUGGAGAAAAUGUUGUUCUUGAAAGCAAGGGAAGUAACUGGAAAAAUCUGGUGUGUCAACAGUUAUUAAAAUGUAAAGAUGACUUAAGAUCUAGUGUUGGAGCAAAAAGUCAAGAAAGAAGGCAACAACUUUUGUUGGAAGAUCUAAACAUUCUGAAAAACAUUGUAAAAAAUAGCGAUAAAUAUGGUUAUUCAGAUGUUGUUAAGGGCCCUCAUGGCAGCCCCAAAACAAGAACUAUAAGUGAUAACAGAGAGUUUAUGGACAAUCUUGAGAUAAAGGCCAAUGAUCUGAGAGACAAAAGUCUUCCAUGCCCAACUGCAGGUGUGCAAAGUCAGUGUAGAGAGAUAGAGAAGCCAGUGUACCCCCAGGCACCCCCUCCCCCUGCCCCUCCAUCUCCACGGAGACCAUUCGUCAUGCCUGUGUUCUAUGGGAAGUCCUUAGUAGCAGAAAUCAUCGCCAUACGUCAAGCGUAUCUCCAGAAUGGCGGUAAUGACCCUGAUGUGCUCUCCCAGAUGGCACAGAUGCAGGCUGAGGCGCAGGCUAUCGAGGACCAGAUGAAUCAGAAACCACCAGAGAAACAUCGAGAAAAGCCAAAGGACAACGCUACUGCUGUUCAUAUGCUGGAAAUUGAAAACGAUCGCUUGAACCAGGAACUCCGACUGCUGCAAGAGCAAAAUCUUCUGGCACAGAAUCGCAAUAGAAAGUCUGACAAAGAAGACGAGCUAGAGCGUGAAUUGCGGAGGUUGCAACGUGAGCAUCUCGAGAAAAUGUACGGUUUACAACGAGAGCUUGAUGAUCUCCGCAUGCUGUUAAUGAUGGAUAGAAAUCGCCCAGGUCCUCCACCACAGACCACCCAUUUCAUACAGCAACCACAACCACCUGUGUCACUGGGGCGUGAACACACUCCCUGGUUAUUGCAGAAACCCUAUGUAGAGGUGGAGCCAAUGGCGCCUUACGACCAAUAUGCGGGGUUUGUGAUAUUCUACGACUUUGUGUUGUCAUUGGACCCCACAAUUCAAGCCUGUCGAUUGGUCGUAGGCCUACACAGCUCGUCGGCAGUGAUGGGGGAACCAACUGUCUUGCCAACCGUCUACACGGAACCGGCCACGCGAGGCGAGAGAUACAACUACAACUACUCCAACGCUGUUAUUGGCGCUAAACAACCUGUCCCAAAGUGCCCGCCUGAGUCUGACCUCGGCCUUGUGGUGGAGCUGCAGGCAAGUGGAGGCCCCGCCUCUGAGCACGACCGCCACAGCCUGAUAACGCGUGCCUGGACCAAGGUGCCUCUCUUUGACAACAAUGGUCGCCUGAUAGCUGGCCGCUUCAGGAUUCCCAUGCGCAAUGUGCCCAUCAAGCCAUUCCUACAUGUGAGCCAGGUGCAACGCAUACCAAAGUACGGGGAUGCUGACCUGUACUACCGGAUUGUGAACAUGCGGGACGCUGAGAUCCACUCCAUGCAGCAGAUCACGGCAGCAAACUACAACCAGUACACCUACCCACAGAUUGAGGAUGAACUCAUCCCUGUCUAUUCCCCCAAACGAAAUAUUCCCCCUCCCCCCUCAGCGUCCCCCCUCCCAACCCCCAGGAAGAAGCAAAGCGUACAAUCGGUACCGCAGUCGCCUCAGCGCUUACCCUCCAUCCCACCCAGAGCGCUGCGCUCAACUUCUCCCGCGCAGACUAUGGCACUCCAAGAUACGACGUUGGGGUUCCAGGUGGACCGAGUUAAGAAGGCGGAGUCGGGCGAGGGCAAGAUCAAAAUCACUGCGUACUAUGCCUCAACUGGGAAGGUUGUCGAUUCAGCAACUAGUCCAGUAACCUGUAGCACAACAUCAGUAAAAUCAAACUUCAAGUACGGAUACCAUGUUUUCGGCCAACAAGAAGCCACAUUCCAAGAUGUCAACUACCAAGGGGACAUGAUUCUCAUUGCUAGAUUCUACCUGAAGCGACGGGAGGUAGAUGUUUAUGAUGAAUUCCAGGUGGCAGACCAGGGAGUCCUGGAACCAACGCUUUACGACGAGGAAUCCUGUGUCGCCUGGGCCGCCCUGCCUCUAGUCAUCUGUGAUGAUAGUCUACCAUUGAAAAAGCGGAAGACCUUCAACCCAAACUUCAUGUCCAUCAACCAGGGUACGCAUACGAUUCCACUUUAUGAAAUGCCUGUACCAGAGCCUGGACAGAUUCCACUAGAUGGUCUACCACGCUCCCGUGAUUGGGCACGGUAUGGGAAAGCAACAUUGCGGGUGUACGUGUUCCAAGGCACCCCUCGACCGGGGUCUCUUACGCCUAGCGAUGUAUCGGACAUAGAGGGAGAGGAUACUUUACCUGAGUUUGCCUGGCUUCCACUGGAGCGUAAGACUCCACCCAAGGACCCGUUCCUACUAGGCGAUGGAUUUGAUGUCUAUAUUGAUGGUUGCAGAUUCCUGCCAGACUCAUCCACUUUCACAAAGGUUGCAGGGCGUAUUCUGGACCGGCGGUACGAGCUCUACGGCAAGGACAUCAACACGGGGGAAAAGUUGGAUAGUGAUGUGUACAACCCGGUGUACGAGGAAAAGAUUGAGUUCAGAGAGACCAACAUUCCACCCACUGCAACUCUGCUUCUCAAGGUGUACACAAUUGACAACUUCUACAAGAGUUUGACUGUGGUCGGUUACGCUACACUGAAUGUCUUUGUGGAGACAGGGACCGAGCGACAACCCAAUGUUGACAAACCCAUGCAGGUAUCCCUAAAUGAGGGUGCCCACCAACUGCGUCUGUAUUCCCAGGGUCCCAAUGGCGUGGACCCACUCUCUGAGCACUGCCUGCGGGACAGUGGGGUCAGGAUUGUACCCUGUGCCUCCCUGCUGGUACGGCUUGUCAAGGUCACCCGAGGGGCUGGUGGUAAGGCUUUGGAGUCCAGCAAGGUGCCCCAGAGUGACUGGCUCAGGAUGGGCCUGAUGCAACCGCGCCCAAAGUAUUCUGACCGCGUCUACUACUCCUCACGGUGCACCCCCACACGAGGGGAGACACGACUCUUCCAUAGCAUGAUGCGACGCACAAAGCGCACAGUUCGCGAGGUCAUCACCCUUGUAGCACCUGCCAAGGAGAGCUACCUCCGCAGUGAUAAAACCAUGGAGGAGUUUAUGAAAACCCAACUUACAAAGACUCCAGACAUUAAACCCCUGGACCAGGACCUGAACUUUGUGUGUCAGUACAGCCCCAAGCAUGGCAUCAAGGUGGCUAUUGACAGUGCCGUCAAUCUCCCGUGGACCAACUUCACACACGCCCACAUGUGCUUUAAUCCACCAGCUGCUUUCUAUCUGGGUGCUCCACAUGCUACCUAUGACAAGCUGAUGUUCACAGAAAUUCUUGACACUCGCAGCACUAACACAUCCCCAGCAUGGAAGGACGGCUUUAAGCAUUUCCCUCGGCGUUCAUUCCACCGGUUCCUUACACUGAUCAUCCACAUCCAGGAGAUAUCUGUGAAUGUCUCUAAGGAGAACUACAAGUAUGGACUCUUGGAGCAGGCCUGGACAGCUGUACAGAUCUUCACAGACAAGUACUGCACGACGCAGGCCUUCCAACUUCCUUUGUUUGCCGGUUCCCCUUCUCAGACCAUCCUGAAGCAACUGGCCAGGGAACCAUGCAAGGAGUGGAUGGAGAGAAUGAUCAGAAAUAACGGGAUCCACCUUCUGGAAGGCUCCUCUGUAUUUGUUCGUAUCGCAGACGCACGCAGGGACGAUGAACUUCUCUCUGACAUUGCACACAACAAACUGGAGGAGAAUGAAGACGGUCUUCAUCGGGUUGAAGUGAACACUGACUACAUUCCCGUAGGCCUGGAGGAGUCGUACAGUCGGGAGCGCCCUGGAAAACCCCUAGAGACCCUUGUACCAGUCGGGAAGACACCAGAACAGUUCAUGGACAACCUCAAAGUGAAAUUCAAGAGUCUGGUGUACAAACUGUAUGAAGAAGGGAACAUAGAAAAAUAGGCAAAAGAAGGACACACCUACUGAUGAAAAUGUGCAUAUAUAUCCAUGGAAGUCUGUGGAUGGCCAACAGUGCAAGUUGAUUCAGUAAUCAAUUUGUUUGAAACUGAACCUUAAACAGAUUUUCUGGAAGCUUAGCUUCAAUUCCUUACAGAACAAAAUUAUGGUAAAGGAUAUCCUUAUUUUGAAUAUUUAAACUAACAACUUAUUUUUGAUAUUUAUAAGAGCUUAACAAUGUUCUUUUGAAAAAAACAUUAAGAAUCUACCAAAUAUGUGCCAAUAACUAUAAAGAGUAACCAGUAUUUAUUUUUGAAAUUAAUACAAGCACAUGUUGACAUGAACUUUGUGUUGUCAGCUUUAGAAAAAAUAACGAUGAUAGAUUUUUAUUAAUGGCUAGACAACACAUGUUAUCUUCUGAAAUUUUAAAUAAAAUUUAUUCAACAAAACGUAUUAAAUAAUAAUCACGUUUCGUUUACGUAUAGUUUGCUAAGACAUUUAAGCACUGAGAUUUGAAGCGGAAAACAUGGUUACGGAGAAAAGGGUAUCAAGUGUAACUUCAAAAUGAGUUUAAAAAUUACUCUUUAGUUUAUAAGAACAUUACUAUUGUUAUGGUUUACCUAUCAAGUACUGUAACUGGACUAUAUUGUUGAAUCGGCAGUGACUCACAGUUGAGGCACAGAUCGCAGUGUGAAAUUGUCACACAACCCUCGUGUAAAAUCUAGUGAUAUCAGUAGUAUAAUUAGUUAAAUUUAGACAAUUGUUUGUCAUUGACACUUAUUGUUAAGAUGUAUGUAUAGAUUUUUAAUUCUAGCUGCAUAAGACAUUUAAUGGAAUACCUGUUUUACAAGAUAUAUUUUUUAUACAAAAUAACAUGUUGUGAAAUACAGAAAUAUGUUGAUACUUUAACAAUAGGGAAUGGUAUAUUUUUAUUACCCAUCUCUUGUGUUUGUAAAAAGAGUUUGAUUUUAUUAAUCAUUCUGGUUGUGUUUUUUUGUUUAACUUGAAGUUCUCAUUGGUACUUUAUUUGAAUAUGUCUGGAUCCCAAAAAUAUGUACGAAUCAAAAUUAAACAUUAAAUGUUGUUAAAACAUGGUUACAUUUAUUUUUUUUAGUUAAAAACAAACACUCAUUGCUUUAGUUAUGAGGUACAAAUUUAAGUUGUUGUAUUUUAUAUAUUUUAUUCAUUUUGCACAGUUAUAUGUUGCACUUGUGUUCAGUUUUUGUGUUUUGUUUUGAAAUUGUUGCUGAUUUUUUUUCAGAUAUAUAUUGGUUAAUAUGUGUUUUCAUCUUUUGUGUUAUUCUGCUUUAUUGUAUAUUUGAUAAAAAAAGUUAGAUCUGAUGUUAUUUUUACAUAAUUUAAGGAACACAUUAUUGAAAGGUAUAUGUUAUACAUGUGCUUAACAUUUGUUCUUGUUUUUCUGAGUUUUGAAAUGUUAGUGCCAUCAAUUUAUGUAUGCUUUAAUCUUUGAAAUUGUAAGCUGUACUUUUACUUUUUAUUUUUUUGUUUUUCAUUUUAUACACUUAACAUUAUCAAGUUGAAAUCAGUGUAACAUUUAUCUACUGUUACAUACUAAAGCCUUUAAAUAGUUAAUGUACUUCAAAAUUGUGUACUGUAAAAACUAAAUAUUAUGACUUUGUUAUAAAUUAUGAACAAUAAAGACUAAGGUGACAACAGACACAUUAUGCUUAAUAUCAUUUCUGAAUAAUCUACCUAUACGUUAUUGUCAGUGUUAGUAAUAUUUUUAAGUUUCAAUGCAAUCACAGUUCAAGUGUUAUCACAACCCACUUUUUAUUAUCAAACAUAAUUGACAAACUAUAUUGUGUGCAUGCAAACAUUUAACUGAAAAAGAAGAAUGUAUACCACUGAAUGUUGCAUAUUUACAAAGUGUACUUAUGAUGCAUUGAAGUCCGCUGUUCACUUAUGGCUUACCAAUAUGGGGCUGUAAAAACAAAUGGGUAUUAAAAAAAUAACACUUCUCUAGUAUUGAACAAUUACAACAGAGAUACGUAAUAGUAUAAAAUAAACUUUUUAUUUAACUUUUUGGUUUGAAAAACAAAACAAAACAAUACUCAUUUGUGUUUGAAAAAAGUAACAAUUUUGUUUACAAAGUAGCAUUUAUAAAAUUCAUUCCCAUCAAUUUUUUUUAAUUGAAUGUGAUUUUCAAAUAAUAAUUUUUUAUUCAAUGUUUCAAUAAACAAUGUAUUUUAAAAUUUUUAUGUCGGCCAAACUGUGAAACUAUACAAUUUUAAUUAAUGUCUUUGAUUCUUGUUAACAAUACCUCAUAUUUGUCACAGCCUGUUGUUUUAUACUGUGAUUGGUGUCUUGUAUACAUCUACAGUGAUACCCAAUUGUUUUGUUAUAUUUAUAACGAUUAUUGUGAUACUUUUCCACUGCUCACUACUGACCGUUUGAUGAUCGUUAUUCAACAUAAAGUUCUGUAAAAAAUAUAAAUAAACAUGUUCUAUUGGACACAUGUUAGACAUUAAGAUAUUUAAUAUAGAGGCUAUUUGUAUAUGUCAGUGUAACAUAGUAUAAUUAUUUCAUGGGUAGUCAUAUAAACCAUAUAAUACAAGUUGAAAUAUUUUUCUAAAUGACCGCAAAUGAAAUGAUAAUACGAUCGUACUCUGAAAUCAGCGAAGUUUCUUUUUAAAUCAAGGUAUUGGGGGAUGAAUUUUUAUCAUAAUUUUUAUCAUACACGAAAUUUGAUCGAGCGUCAUUACAUGACAUUCAUUUUGAUUGCAAACACGUUGAUUAACGCUGUAAUAUUUAUUUAUUUUAUGCUUUCCGGUGGUUUAUAGAGAAAUAUCAGUGAAUUAAAACAUAUAAUACACUGUUUCAAACAGUUUAUAUUAACUGGGAAAACUAUCGAUAAUUUCUCAGUUGUACUGUAGUAUGAUAAAUCAAACAAAAACA